AACGAAAUGCCUUCUUGGAUAUUUGGAGGAAGUGGUUCUGGCAGCUUCUGGAUGCAGUUUCCAAGACUUGUGGUGAUACUCUCCAGUCUGUCUGGUUUGGUAUCCGGAUUCUCAGGGACAGAUGUCAGCGCACAUGACUUGAUGUCCAAGUAUCCUCUUAUUGAUGGUCAUAAUGACCUAGCUCUCAAGCUGAGGAUACUUCAUAACAACCGACUGAGCCAAAUCAACCUGCAUAAUGUCAGCAAGCUGGCCACUGACAUCAGCCGCCUCAGAGCAGGCCAUGUUCAGGCUCAGAUGUUUGCAGCUUAUGUGGUGUGUCAGGCACAAAACAAGGAUGCUGUCAUGCUGACCCUGGAACAGAUAGAUGUGAUCAGACGCAUGUGCACUGAGUACGAGGACCUGGAGCUGGUCACAUCUGCUGAGGGGCUUAAGAAUUCCAGCCCUAAGAUAGCGUGUCUUAUAAGUGUUGAGGGAGGCCACUCCAUUGACAGCAGCCUAUCAGUCCUGCGUACGUUUUACCAGCUUGGUGUUCGCUCCAUUGCCCUCACCCACACCUGCAAUACACCCUGGGCUGAAUCCUCCUCAACUCAUCACAAGUUCUAUCAAAGAGAGAAUAACAGCCUGACAUACUUUGGUAAGCUCUUCCAAUCAAAUACUCUUCUGAUGAAUCAGGCAGUGGUGGAGGAGAUGAACAGGCUGGGGAUGAUAGUGGACCUCUCCCACAGUUCUUGGGACACAGCCAAGGCAGCGUUGAAGAUCUCCAAGGCGCCUGUUAUUUUCAGCCAUUCAUCCUCCUAUUCCAUUUGUAACCACAGCCGCAACGUCCCCGACCAGCUACUGCAUGCACUCAAAAGGAACCGAGGAUUGAUCAUGGUAAAUCUUUACAGUGAAUUCAUAGCCUGCGGGAAAGAGGCCAAUAUCUCAGUUGUGGCUGACCAUUUUGACCACAUUAAGAGGGUGAUCGGAGCUGAGUCAGUAGGAAUUGGAGGUGACUAUGAAGGUGCCGCAAAUUUUCCUCAGGGGUUAGAGGAUGUGUCAAAGUAUCCCGCCCUGAUCCAGGAACUUCUGCUGAGGAACUGGCGCGAGGACGAGUUGGCUGGAGUCCUCCGAAUGAACUUCCUGCGUGUGUUUGAGGAGGUGGAAAGGGUCCGUGAUGAGUUGAGUGGGACCCUACCCAGUGAAGUCCAGAUCUCCCCACAGAAGGUGCAGAACGCCUGCAGGCUGGACCUCAGCCAUCUAAGAGGCCAACUGAGAGGACACCAGUCUCACACGCCUACCCUCCCCAGAGCCCACCAUGGACCCCUAGAGCCCCAGAGUCUGCUUGUCUGGGCCACAGUUCUACUGAUUUGCAGUCUGUUACCACUGUAUUGAGCACUUGGUAACCCAUUAAGCUGCACAUUCUUUUGCCAAACUUCAAGCUACUCAGAGUGCAGAUUUUUAU